AUGAAAAACCCCACGCCUCCUUACACUCAGAUACCUAACGCGGAGUUCGAAAUGACAGAGACUAAAGCAUACGAUACAGAGCUCGACAUGACGGAUACCGAAGUCACCGGUCACACCAUGACAGUGACUCGCAUACCCUUUGUGGUUAUGAGUGCUACCGUCCUUGUCGCCUGGGCUGCUUUCAUUAUCAUCCGGAUCCGCAUCGCAGGUAAUGUCGACAAGCUCGGACUUUGGCUCUUUACUGUUAGGGUCAACGUCUUCUGCGCCAUAGGCGCUGUCAACACAGUCAAAACCGGGUACCCGUCCGUUCACGAAGGCUUCAUUCUACCGAUGGUGCCUCUACUAUACAGUGCAGCUGCAUUUGGGUCCAAAGGGUGUUCGAGCCCAAUGAAGCUUGGUAUGGGGAUUGUUGGCAUGAUCCUCUGCCACAUGUACGAACUGUCGGAAAAAGAGUAUCAGCGUAAAGUCACGGAACAAACCAGUGUUGAGGGCUACGAUGUCUCAACCAUGCCCGUUUGCUCGACGCUGGGCCUCAACCUAUACUUUAAAACAACAAACCGGCUCCUGCUCGGUCUUCCCCUGCCUAUUGCCUAUCUUGCUGCCGGACCUGUUGGUCAGAUGGGGUGGUGGUAUGGUAUUUGGCAUGCUCCUCGCUGCUCACCGCUCUCGUCGUCGAAUGCGCCAGGCCUUGAGGUGCUCCACGGUCCCGUCAUCUGA